AUGGCGGUACCACCGUCUUUCUCGACUGCCAUGUAUUCCAGUCCCUCAUAUUCACAUGACUCACGUCCAUCCAGCUCGUCGACACCGUCCUUUGCAGGAGCUGGUCUACGAUUGCCCUCAAACCGUAAAACCAUCUAUGACCGCAACCUCAAUCGCAGUCGCAAUGCCGAACUAAGCCGUGCCAGUUUCGCCUUCCUCUUCAUGGAAAUGGUCACAUAUGCACAGAAGAAGAUUAAGAGUGUUUCGGACUUUGAGAAGAAGUUGAACGAGCAGGGCUACCCACUUGGAAUGAAACUGCUUGAUCUUCUGCUGUAUCGUGCAAGUCCAGCAGGAAGCUCAUCAUCUAGUUCCACACCUGCUGCUAGACCGUUACGCAUUCUACCUCUUCUGACUCUGAUCAACAACAAGCUCUAUCCCUUACUGUUUUCUCGUCCUGCAGAUUCGCUGGAGCAAGAUACUUCAGAUCCAUCCAAAUAUAUGAUCAUUGACAAUACUCCGCUAACGAACACCUACAUUUCUAUUCCGAAAGAGAUGAGCCAGCUUAGUGUUGCCGCCUUCAUCGCAGGUAUUAUUGAAGGUCUUUGCGACGGUGCAGGUUUUCAAUGCAAGGUUAGCGCACACAAUCAAGGAACUGAUGUAUGGCCAAAUCGUACUGUUUUUCUGGUCGCCUUCGACGAGCAGGUCAUGGAGAGGGAAAGAGAGCUAGACAGGCAAGGAAUAAAGUGA